GAUUCUGAUUCUGAUUUCCGCCUCGUGCAGCCGUCUCGUGCCGCUGAGGUCCGUCGCCUAGCAACGGAACAAAACAUUCACGUCUUUGACGUCGAGCGUUAAAACGUCGUCGUAUCACAAAGCUUUACAAAAGUAUCACUGCAAUGUCGAAGCCGUCUCUGAAGAAAAAAGACUCCUCAUCCAGCCAUGACCUUUCACCUGCUAAGGAGGCAUCUACAGUGGCUCCUGCUGUUUCUGGGAGCUUCUCAGGAGAACUUUUGAGGAGCUGUGUCCCCAUCUGGCCCGAAUGGAACGAGACCGAAGUCAGUGCUGAGAAAUGGGAUGCUGGCAAAGGGGCAAAAGACAGCAAGGCUAGGAAGAGCCCUCUCACUCAAUUCUUUGAGGACCCAGAAGGAAGGGUUAAGAUCCCGGAGUCUCUGAACGUUCACACCUGGAGACGGCCCUCGGAGCACAUUGUUAACAAGGCUCCAGCUGUUAUAGAAAACGAAUCAACGUUCGAUCUCACUUCGGCUAACGAGCAUUUGCUGUCCAGUGAACUCAUGUGCCGGAUCAUCAGUGAGAUCUACAUUGUGUGGCGGGUGUGUGACAGACAGGCAGGUGAUGACGACUCUCUCUGUGAGGAGACCUGGAGACCCUGGGAUCACAUCUACUCCCUGUGUAAAGCAACCAAGGAUCAUGUGCCUCUUUACAACGUCUACGGGAAAUACGUGGUCCGGCUCUACUGGAUGGGUUGUUGGAGGAAGAUCACGAUCGAUGAUUCUCUGCCAUUCGAUGAACAAAACAAUCUGCUGCUUCCUGCUACCACCGUCCCUUCAGAGCUCUGGCCCAUGCUGCUGGUUAAAGCGAUACUGAAGCUAGCCAGUACAGAAGUUGUGCGAAAUCCCAGCAGAGAGCUGGAAGAGUUCAGCAUCGUGCACUGUCUGACUGGAUGGAUCCCGGAGUUUCUCCCUCUUAGUCCCAGGUUGAAACAUGUAGAAGAAACAUGGAACUACCUGAAAAAAGCCAUUCCCAUGUAUGAGAUGAUGGAGGAAAGCUCAGAGCUGAGAACUCCAUCAGUCUGCAUCACUCCCACCAAGGACUCAGUGAGUGAGGCACUGUCCACAAAUAAAGGCAGUGGACCUCCUCCUGCUCCUCAGAUAGUCGUUUGUGCCAGUUUCCAGCCAUUGAACCUGCAGGAGAAGAAGACCUCCAUGCUGGGCCAGAUGGCAGACGCAUCACAGACACUGCGACAAUACGGGCUCUGUCAGCUCACCAGCCACUCUGUGCUGCUGACACGUACCAGGGACUGCCCCCUGGUGGCUGAUUUGAAGCCGCCCCCUGCGCCUCACUCCAAAUUCAUCCGAUCCGUUAAAGAAACAGCUAUUACAGAUGAACCUGGAAAGGACCAAGUCAAGAGGCCUGAACAGUACAUAGGCGUGGCCAGUCCUUUCAUGGACAUCAAGCUUGGACCUAAAAUUGAUUCGGCUUCAUUCACGGUGUCAGAAGAGAUCAAGGGUCACAACUCCAAUCGCCACCAUGACAACCGCAACGUGCCGGAUGCUACGGAUACCAAGGUAACAGCAGAGGACGAGAGGAAGGAUGAAAGUGUCGCUAACGAUCCUGAUUCGGUUCCUAAGGAGAAGGCCAAGCUUCAAGAAACAUGGAUCCAUGUGCAAGACUUCCCCAAGUGCUUCCAGACGUUGCUGGUUUUUCACAAGGAAAGCAGUUUCCCAUUCCAGUCUCAGAAGUCACAAUUUAAGGCACAAGCUGAGAAGGACCACUACUUCCUGUCUGUAGAUAGCCUCCUGCCUACAGAGAUUCUUAUCUGUUUCUCAGUACUGAUGCGCUGGGGAGAUAGCAUUCUCGAGGAAAAGGACAUUGACCCCAGACCUGGUCACCUGGGUGUUGAACCUUAUUCCUGGAAAAGCGUCCAGGUUCGGUUUCCCCUUCUGAUCAUCAACACCUCGUCCUGCAAAGCGGCUGUUCUUUCUCUUCCACCAGGGCGUCAUGUUCUUCGCUUUAACAUUUGGAUGCAGUUCAGUUUCCACGUGCAGCUUUACAGCAAGACAGAACUCGUAUUCGAAGAAGAAGAGGCAGUGAUGCCACACCUAGAAAAGGAGAGUCUGAGGUUCUGUGAGCAGGCUCUGUCAAUCCUCAGAGCUCUUGGUGAAAUGGUCAGAUCCUUCUCUAACGCAGACAAACUCCCAUCAGCCACCAGGGCGCUGGAGGAGGCUCUCUGCCUGCCGUCUCUCAGCAAGCUAGCAGUCAGAGAGCACUGGAAGGUCUUCAGUCAUGCGGCGUACCACAUGUUUUGCCAUGUACUGGAAAGAAAGCUGACAUCUGAGGAGCAGUUUGCAUUGCGGAGCCUGACAAGAGAGGACACACCUCACUCCAGCGACACAAAGGACACCAAUGGUGUUCCAGAGGGCUGGACUGGCAGGCAGGCCACAGAACAAGAAAAACAUGCAGCAACAGUUUUGCAGGCUGGCUGGAAGGGCUAUCUGGUGAGAGAACUUCUCAAUGCUGCAAGACCAGGUUCUGAGGAGAAUCAGAAAGUUGCCAAGACUCUGUCAGAGAUGUGGGGUUCUGUGGAAUCGGACAUGGAGAAGCAUGCUGUGUCUUUACUGAGGUUCAUGAUCAUGGACAACGAGCAGCUAGUGGACUUGUAUCCGUGUGGUGGGGAUGAGUGGACGAAAAUUACCUUCACUGAAUACUCCAUCCCUGUCCAAGAGGCCACCAGUCCCUGGGUCAUGCUAUUUAGGGAGGUGUUCCAUGUUCCAAAAGCCAUAUUACUUGUGCCUAAGAUCUAUUCAUCGUUUCCAUGUCAUCUUCAUGUCGUCAACAACAACACUGGCGAGGAAGUACCGACAUUUUUCAACGGUGUACUGCCAUUUACGUACACACCAAAUGAGGCUGGCUACACAUUUGUGGCGUACACUAAAGGAACGACUGUAGCAGGAGGAACGUGUCGCCUGCGUCUGAUCAGUUCCCGAGAACAACUUGCCCAGAUGGAAAGACAAGAACCGGUCAGCAACUUCGUAGUGAAAGAGUUCAAAGAUAACUACUUACCAAGCAAGAAGAACGUCAUCUGCAGGCAUGCGGUGAACGUCUUGAGUGACGUACACAUCACGGUGCAGUUCCAGACUUCAAAGGAAGAUGUCUGUGUUAAACUCAGCAUCCUGGACCAUGAGAAAGAGGUGGCCAGCAAGAGAGGCCAAGGACACGUUGUUAUCCCUGUGUAUUGCUUUUCAGCUAGUGGAGGUUCCUCAGGCAGUGCCGUAGAGAAGGCGGGGGAGAGUCAGUCUCAGGACAGCCCUGGAGGGGAUCACAAUGGAGGCAGAGGAGCCUCUAAGUGCCAGCCUGCCCAAAUACAUCAUAAAUACAUUCUUCAAGCAGAGGUGCUUUACAACAGCUGGCCUUUGGAUGACUCACUGUCAGGCUUCAUCCAAACGCUAAGAGAUAAGGAGAGCGACGAGCUGCGAGUGUUCAGACACCUGAUCGAGGAAACACCUGUGAACGUGGAGCAACCCCUUAGCACAUCCCAGAAAACAUCCAAAGCUGCCAAGACCAAAGACAAGGACAAAGACAAAGCCACACCCAAGCCAGAGAUAGUCAAGAUAGAAAAGAGUCUGGAUGAGAGUAAGCCACACUGGAUACUUCAUGUGGUCUGUGAGAAGACGGACGAAGAACAGAUCGAGGUAAAAAAGGACACUGAGAGACUGGAGCAAAUUAAGGCAAUGAAACUGGCCUGGGAAUCUGCACAGCCUGGCAGGGCAGCUAAGGCUUUUGAAACUCGUCAGCAGUACCUGAAAAAUCUCAGCACACUCGGAGACCACACAUUGGACCUCACACCUUUCAUCAGGAGAACCAGCAAGCCUGAGCGUCUGAAGGAUGCAGUGGUGGAGGAGGAACAGCAGAGGGAGCAAUUGGAGAAGAUCCAGAGCUUUCGACUGUACCGAGAGACAGUGCUGGAACGCCGGAGGCAGGAACAGGAGCAGACCAAACAGCUGAUAACAGAACAACAUGAACUGUUUAAAAAAAUUCAGGAGGAGAAAGCUGAGAUACUCCAGAAGUUUGACCGAACUGGUGAGGUUAGUCGAACCUGAAACCUGGAGUAGCACAAGAGAGGAGAGCAGUGAAUGGAAAGAGAAGACAAGUCUCCAAAGAGAGAAGAAGUUUCUGUUUACAGAACCUAUGAAGCAUAUAUCAAACACCUGAUAAAUAAGAACCCGACUAAUGCUGCACAAGCUGGACAAAAAAAAAACCCAGAACAAAACAAACCAACACCACCACAUCAUACAGAACUUCCUCACAUCCGUUUUUGUCUCUAGAUCCAUACGGAGACGUGAGCUCUACCACUGAGGUGUUUUUCUCUAGUGGGAGGAAGCUGUUCAUUUGUACGGGAUUCGAAUAUAUGAGUUUUAUUUUUAACAGCGUGCGAUGAGACGAUGAGUCACCCUGCACUUCGGAUAUUAUUAUGAUUCAGAGUUUAAUAUUAAAAAAUAAAGAAAGAAACAAUACAAACAUGCGGGUGAGAUUUUCCAUUGCUUUGUGUGUGUGUGUGUGUGUGUUUAAAUUGAGUGUGUAAUCAGGGAGAUUUGAUUAUUAUUAUAUUAUUAGAAUCUAUUGUAUUAGAAAAGAGAUUAUUAUUAUUUAUUUUACAACACAAUAAGAGACGCCAGUCUAGAUGAUGAGGCUUCCUGUUGAGCGAAGUGGCUUGUAAUACAGAUGAUUAAUUAUACAGACAGUACUGUAGAAACUUAACAUUACUGUAUAAAGUUGUAACUUGGGUAAAGUUGUUUGACUCAAUAUGUCGAAUUUUCCUCACACCUCCAGGGUUGUGGGUUUCAUUCCCCUCUCAAAAUUGUGUGCGUUUAGCAUUUUUCUUUCUUUGCUCUGAGGGUUUCCUCAAACUUCUCUGGUUUCUUUCCAGUCCAAAGACAUGCCCUGUAGGCUGAUUAGCAUCUCUAAAUUGUCCAAAGUGUGGUUGUAUAAUUGUGAUGUAUUGGCACCCCAUCUAUGCAGGGUGUCCCCAUCUGUCCAGAGUGUUCCCUGUACGUCCAGAAUGUCCCCCGUCUUGCCAGAGUGUCUCCCGUCUGUCCAGAGUGCCCUCAUCUGUCUAGUGUGUCUCCCAUCUCUCUAAGGUGUCCUUAUCUCUCCUGAGUGUCCCCUGUCUGUCCAGAGUGUCCCCAUGUGACCAGCGUGUUCCAUGUCUGUCGAGAGUAUCCCCUGUCUGUCCAGAAACUACUUGUCUGUCCAGUGUGCCCCCCGUCUGUGCAGCAUGCCCCCCAUCUGUCUGGAGUGUCCCUCCCCUCGUAUUGCUGCUUAAAUCCCUUUAAUAGACUCCAAGCCCUCAGGGCACCAAGAUGAUGGAAGUGAAGCUAAUGGAAGAGACUAUCGUGAUAAUUCUGGCUUGGGUUUGAGAAUUUGUUCAAUAACACUGUGACUGGGAGGAGACAAAUUCACACGAUGGACUGGUUCUUAAACAUGUUUUGGGGAAUUAUUUAUCAAUUAUUAUUUAGAAAAUCAGGACUGUAAGAAAGAUCACUUUUUUAUCGUCUUUAUCCAGGUAGUUUAUCAAACACAGAAGAGUCAACUCACUGACUCAGCUUGCUGAUUCUGAAGUUGCACUGAUGAUGCCUUCAUCUAGCAACAUAUAUUACUGUAAUGUGUGUUAGAGAUGAUAUUUUCAUAGAAAGGUUUCAGAAAAACAAAAACGGUUAUUUUUUCUCCACACACCAUGCUGAUAUCAAACCCAUUUCAGCUCUCUGACUUGUGUUACCUUGUGUUUAUGAUUGUGUUGUUUCACUACUUGGUGUGUUACAUCUCAUUGCAGUCACCAUGCGUCAGAUGGCCAGUAAAUACGCCCCGCAUAUCUUUUCCUUUAUUUACUGUAAAGUGAAGAAAUCUGUAUGAGAUAUUGUACUUGUGUCAUACUCCAUAGACACCAAGAGGUGUUUUUUUUACACCUUGGAUUAAAACACUGGGCUGCAAUAAAACAUUUUAAUGUUCAUA